CAGUUAGAAUUUUGGACUUGUAAACAAAUAACGUGUAAUAGAUAGAUAGAUACACCUUGACCGUAUUUAUUAGUUUCAAUACAUUAUUCCCAUAUAGUCUUGUUAACAUUUCAUUAUGAGCUGCGUUAGUGAUUUAUCCCAAUCUAAUGAGUAUCUCAGUUUCAGAAGUAGUAUUCCUUUAAGAAAAGUCGUCGUAGAUUCCGAUGGAUCAAAGGCUUGGAAAAUUUUUGACUCUGGUCCAAAAUCAGUUAGCUGUCCGCUGAUAUGCUUGCCACCAAUUUCUGGUACAGCAGACAUUUUCUUCAAGCAAGUGAUGGGCCUGGCCACUCGCGGUGUGCGGGUCAUAGCAGCAGAACCUCCCCCUUAUUGGAAUAUGAAAGAAUGGUGUGAUGGCUUCAAGAGACUUGUAGAUUAUUUAGAACUAGACAAAGUUCACAUACUAGGGGCAUCUUUAGGUGGAUUUAUAGCCCAAAAAUUUGCAGAGCUGACAAGGAACUGUCCACGAGUAGCAUCACUGGUUCUCUGCAACACAUUCACAGACACAUCUGUGUUUGAGUACAAUGAUUCAUCAGCACUGUUCUGGAUGCUGCCUUCACUUGUCUUAAAGAGGAUGCUAAUGGGAAAUUUCACAAGUGAUAAAGUUGACAAAAGGAUGGCUGAAUCUAUUGAUUUUAUGGUAGAAAGAUUAGAAUCUCUUACACAAUCUGAACUGGCUUCAAGACUGACCCUCAACUGUACUCCAUGUUUCGUGCAACCAGAACAUUUGAAAAACAUUCCAAUAACAAUCAUGGAUGUUUGGGAUGAAAGCGCAUUAAGCUCAGAAGUUAGGGAGAACAUAUAUAAGUCUUAUCCACAUGCUAAGCGGGCACAUUUGAAGAGUGGUGGGAACUUUCCAUACCUGAGUAGGAGCGAUGAAGUGAAUUUACACUUACUGAUCCAUUUAAGGCAAUUCGAUGGCACGGGUGUAGCGGCGUCAUACUUAAGUCUUCACAAAAUGCCAGCCCCUUCCAACACUCAACAAGACGAAGGCACAGUAAGCUACUUCAACCAGCGAGAGAAGUUUGUCAAAAUAUCGUAAAUAUCAUUGUAAUGUACCUUUGUAAUAUUGAUGUUUAUUGUCCAUUUUACGUAACCAAACUAAAGGUAAACAAUCUUGAAAUUUAGUUCUUAUCCAAAAAAUGUAUUUCUAAAAAGUUAUGGUUAAUAGAUAAAGUAAUUUAUGAUAAUAUCUUUUAUAUCAUUGUUUUCUUCUUCAGGCUAUGAAUUAUUAUUAUUUCAACAAAAAUUAUGUAUCAAUAUUUUAUAACUUUAUUACCUACCUAUAUACUUUAACCUAAGACUAUUAUUUAUUGUAGGAUUUACCUGAGUAAAAAGUGCGCCCUAGUGAAUUCCAUUGGCAGAAAUGUAAAGUUACAAACAAAAUACAACUCUUUCUUUUAUAGAUAAUAACAUGGUAACAAGUUUUUUUCUCGCAUUAUCUCAUUAAUUACCAAAAUAAAGGUGUGACUUUCAGUUGAGAUUUUUUGUGUUUUCAAUCUGCCUACCUACAAAAUGUGUCUUUUAGUACGGCGCUAGUGAGCAGUGUAGAUACACAAACGUAAAUGAAAAAAGAAAGUAAUAGUUAAACCGUGUGUUGAAUUAAAAAUAUUUUUAUGUAAGAGGUAAGAGGAUAGAUAUAUAUAUAUAUAUAUAUAUAUAUAUAUAUGUAUUUAUAUGUAGAUACGGUAAGAGGAUGUGGAUGAAGGAUGUUAAUAAGUAUGUGUUAAAAUCAAUUAUAUGUAUACGUACAAAAUUUCGUCACAUUGUACUUUUAAAAUUACGAUGAUAUUGUUAUUGCGGCGUAUCAACAAAGACUGUUAAAAUUGUUAUGUUUAUCAUUCCUAUACAAUGUUAUAAUGCUUUAUUUAAUUAGGCAAUAAGAAAGAGUUUGCAAUAAAUAUAU